AUGUCUUCUUCCUCUUCGGGGUCUUAUUCGAAGCGAAAGCCGGUUCCAACAGAUCCUGCUUCAUUUCCCUCCCAAAAGAGUAAUACAACAGCAACGGAUUUAGGAAAUUAUGCGAAUCAGGUACCAAGGACACUUACAAAGUCGUCACUAAAAACUUCAGGAGCUGGCACUCCAACCAGUGCGAUCAGUCGGUCGGCACAGACAACCAUCCUGCAACCUGUCAAGAGCACAAUACAAAUCACUAACUCCAUACAACCUUCGACUGAUGCGGUAUCAUUAAAUUCGUCGUACGAAUACGAGUCAUCCUCCGAAAAAAAAUAUUACGAUGAAACCGAAAUAGGUUAUAAAAUGAUCUCGUCGAGUUCAACCGAAUUACCUUCAACCGGUAAUAAAACUUCACCAUCGAUAUCACCAAAAAAUAGUUUUCCUUCGUUGUCUUUUACGAACGAUUUGCUGGCUUCUUCUGAAGCCAUGCUCACAUCCGUCACUUCGCCAAGAUCAUUGUCCGAGACUUCUUUUCUGGACACUGCAGAUGAAAUGCUAAUGCAAUUAUUGAUCUCUCAGGCGAUAAUUGAUUCAAGAGAUUUUACCGUCUUAAGUUUGGAAGAAGUCGAGGAAUUGAAAAAGGAUCAUACUUUACUGACGACACGUAUCUCGGCUCUUACGUCGAAAUUGGCACUCGAAUCAAAAAUUAGGGAAGCUGCCAGUUCACUUGCUCGACUUCAUUCCUCAAACAAAAGGUUGUCUAGACAAGCGAACGAUCAUCUUUCGCAAGCUAACAAAAAGGUUGAUCAAGUUGCCACUGAGCUUUGGAAGUUGACGCAGAGAGCUGGAGAGAUUCAAAGGAAAUUAUUACAACAUAUGGCUGGUGUUCUCAGCGCAGGGUUUCGCAAGCUGGAAGAGAAACAAGCUCAUCCAAUACCUCAGAAUUCCAUUAAUAAUUCCUGGGGGGGUGUCAAUGGAAUUGAUAACUUAUACAACGAAAUCAUGGGAAUAGAUUCCAAGGGUUCUGAUACGGCAUUAUUAAAUAAAGUUUCGAAUUUAGAGAAUUCCAUUCAAAAUGUACAUCAAACACUCGCCGAAGCCAGAUUGGCAUUAAAACGUAAAGAUAAGGAGAUUGAAGAACUAAGACAAAAAGUUGAUGAGACGGCAACAGAGGCUAGAGAAAGAACUGUUGCUGAAUUGAGAACGGAGUUGGAAGAGGUUGCAAGACGAUUGGAUAUAGUGCUUCGGAAGCAUAAGGCAGGAAACUCAGAGAACGAAGAUUCCGAUGAAUCCGAUUCAGGUGGAUCGCUCUAUCGUUUAUCAACAAUGACCACGGCGACGCAGCAUUUACAAAAGGAACAAUAUAAAAACAUAUCGGAUAACAUAGGUGCAUUGGAAAAAGCCUUGGAAGAGUACAUGUUUCGCAUAUAUAAACUAGAGCAAGAGUUAAGUUCGAUGAAGAGCAAUCCGGAUGGAGAGUUAAAAUCAUUACAGAACGAACUACAAGAAGCUUUAGGAAAGGCCGAGUUCGAUAAGAAGAAAAUCGAGGAAAUGGAGAACGAAUUGUCGGAGUUGCGGACAAAAGUGCAACAGGUACAAGAUCUGGAAUCAAAGAUUAGAGAUGUUGAACUAAAGACUUCUGAUAGAGGAAUAGGCCAAAAUAAAGUCAAUGAUAUUAAUAUGGAAUUAAAAUUGAAAAAGUUGACGCGAGAACAUGAUGAGUUAGUUGAUUCACUGAGACUGGUGUACAUGAAACUUCCAGAUGAAAAAAAUGUGAGUAGUAGAAGUAUUGGUUCCAGGAAGCCUAAGUUCACCGUCGACCUAUUCAUAUCUCGAGUAAAAAACCUAGGAGAAGAAAACAGUGAAUACAUGGAACAGAUAUCAUCAUUAAAAUCACAAUUGGAAGGAGCACGAGGUGGCACCAACGAUCCUAAACAAGAUGAGUUAAAGGCCGAACUGGAAUCCACGCGUAAUGAACUCGAAGAAACAAAGUCGAAACUACUAGACUUGGAAUCAAAAGCCGUCAAUGCUACAUCUCGCGCAGAAACUAGCGGAGCGAAACAGUCAGAGUUGUUAAAAGAGUUAGAAGAGGUGAGAGAACAAUUGGUGGCUUCGAAAGAGAACAUAAGAAAAUAUGAGGCCAUAUUCAAACGACAAUCGGUUAUGCAAGUUGUGGACAAUGGCGUUUCAAUGAAAGAAGAAUUCCAACAACAACUAGCCGCGCAAGAGCAAGAGUACGAAGCACAAAUCAAGGAGCGAGAUUUUACGAUAACAAAAUUGAGGAAUGAUCUACUGAACGUUGGCAACGAAAAAGAAAAAGUUUCGCAAGUGGUCGUAGACUUGGAGAACAUGCUGAAAUCUAAAUCGAGAACUUUAGAUCAAAGGGAAGUGACAAUCAAUAAAUUGGAAGGGGAAAUUGUAAAGUAUAAAUCAGAACUCGCGGAACUGAAAAGCAGGGCAGAUGUGGUGUCAUCAAGAUUUGAUAGACUCGGGGAUCAGACAUCGUCAGAUGGCGGAGGUGAACCACAAGAAGAGAUCCGACUUUUAAGGUCGGCAAAUGAAAAACUCGAACUUCAGGUAAAGAAACUCAAGGAAACUCUUGCCGACGCGCAGAGACAAUUCUCGAUGCGCGAAGAAGCAUUUGAGAAACGUUCCGAAAUAAUGCAAAACGAAUUGGACGGAAUUCUCAAGGAGUUCGACAGAUUAACAAAGAACUUUAUUGACUUUGACGCCGAGAGACAAAAAUUACAGGUACACAUAGACGAAUUGCAAUUGAAAUGUGAGAAGCUUGACAAUGAAUUGGCGGACGAGAAGAUUAAGCACUUGGGAAUGGACGCGGCAAAUUCUGAGCCUGCCACCACCGUCACGCUAAGGAAAGAAUUCCGAAAGAUGAUGGCAGAUUUGAGAAGCGAUAAUCAAAAAUUGUUGCACCGAGAAAUGGAUGAGAAGAAGAAGUUGGAGACUACUGUAAGGAACCUCAAACGUGAAAAAGAGGCUGAAAAAUGGGAGCGAGUGAAUAAAGGAACUCAAACAAGAUUCGUGAUUAGUGUUGGAUCUGGGUAA